AUGCACCGCCCAGCCCCUAUGGAAGUCACAUACAGGAACAUGAGAUUUCUUGUUACACACAAUCCAACCAGUGCAACCUUAAACAAAUUUUUAGAGGAACUUAAGAAAUAUGGAGUUACCACAACACUAAGAGUAUGUGAAACAACUUAUGACAUUGCUCUUGUGGAGAAAGAAGGCAUCCAGGUUCUGGACCGACCUUUUGAUGAUGGUUCAUCCCCGUCUAACCAGACUGUUGACAACUGGUUAAGUCUUGUAAAUAUUAAAUUUCGUGAAGAACCUGGUUGUUGUACCGCCGUUCGCUGUGUUGCAGGUCCUGGGAGAACUCCAGUGCUUGUUGCCCUAGCAUUAAUUGAGGGUGGAAUGAAAAGUGAAGAUGCAGUACAGUUUGUAAGACAAAAGCGGCACGGAGCUUUAACAGCAAGCGAUUCGUAUUUGUAUUUGGAGAAGUAUCGUUCUACAAUGCUGCUACACUUCAAAGAUUCCAGCCAUAGAAACAACUGUUCCAUUCAAUAA